AGUGAAAGUAACAGUUAGAGGAGGCAUAUUAUUUCCCUCAAAAUAACUGCGUCACUUUAUCCUAGCACAAAAAGUGAUCAGUAGAGGAGAUAAUCAGAUGCACCAGUACAGCUCUGUGAGGACAGAAUGAGUCAAGUUCAAAAAACCAAAGAUGGAGAUUUUUCUCCAGGAUGCAGUUCACUCCAGCAGAAGAGAUCAGAUUCACCAGAGCCCAGCUGUGUGUCCAUGAAGAGUGACUGGUCUAUAGAUCCUCCUCCAGCAAUGAAGGGUGGAGACAGGUAUAGUGUCAGUUCAAUCCAGCAGAAGAGCUCAGAUUCACCAGAGCCCAGCUGUGUGUCCAUGAAGAGUGACUGGUCUAUAGAUCCUCCUCCAGCAAUGAAGGAUGGAGACAGGUAUAGUGUCAGUUCAGUCCAGCAGAAGAGAUCAGAUUCACCAGAGCCCAGCUGUGUGUCCAUGAAGAGUGACUGGUCUAUAGAUCCUCCUCCAGCAAUGAAGGGUGGAGACAGGUAUAGUGUCAGUUCAAUGCAGCUGGAUAGAUCAGAUUCAGCAGAACCCAGCUGUGUGUCCAUGAAGAGUGACUGGUCUAUGGAUCUUCCUCCCAAAUUAAAGGGUGGAGACACACGGACGAAUCUCAGUUCAGUCCAGCAGAAGAGCUCAGAUUCAGCAGAACCCAGCUGUGUGUCUAUGAAGAGUGACUGGUCUAUGGAUCCUCCUCCCAAAUUAAAGGGUGGAGACAUGCAGCUGAAUCUCAGGCGAACCCUGCAAUCCAGAUCAGAUGAAAUAGAGCCCUUCUGUAAAAAAAUGAAAUAUGAUGAGUCUAUGAAUGAACCACUAGACUUUAAUGAAAGCAUGGGUCCUGGUGACAGCCAUGAAGUCCUCAAAACAUUCAGGUUAAAUCUGAAGAAGAGGUUUCAGUGUCUUUAUGAAGGAAUAGCAAAGCAAGGAAACCCAACACUCCUGAAUGAGAUCUACACAGAGCUCUACAUCACAGAGAGUGAGAGUGGAGAGAUCAGUAAUGAGCACGAGGUUAGACAGAUUGAGACACAAUCCAGGAGAGCAGCAACAGAGGACACAUCGAUCAAAUGUAGUGACAUCUUUAGACCUUUACCUAGACAAGACAAACCCAUCAGAACUGUGCUGACAAAGGGAGUCGCUGGCAUUGGAAAAACAGUCUCUGUGCAGAAGUUCAUCCUGGACUGGGCUGAAGGAAAAGAGAAUCAGGACGUCCAGCUCAUAUUUCCACUUCCUUUCAGAGAGAUCAAUCUGAUGAAGGAUAAAACACUCAGUCUUUCAGAUCUCAUUCAGGUCUUUUUCCCUGAAACAAAAGAAAUGGAAAUAUCCAGUGAUGAAUAUAAAGUUUUGUUCAUCUUUGAUGGUCUGGACGAGUGUCGUCUGUCUCUGGAUUUUCAGAGUGAUGUGAGGUUGUGUGAUGUAAGUGAAUCAGCAUCAGUGCACGUGCUGUUGACGAACCUCAUUGUGGGGAAUCUGCUUCCCUCUGCUCUCAUCUGGAUCACCUCCAGACCAGCAGCAGCUGAUCUCGUCCCCUCUGAGUGCGUCCAUCGAAUGACAGAAGUACGAGGCUUCAAUGAGCCACAGAAGGAGGAAUACUUCAGGAAGAGGAUCAGUGAUCAGAGUCUGGCCGAUAGGAUCAUCUCACACCUGAAGUCAUCAAGGAGCCUCUUCAUCAUGUGCCACAUCCCAGUGUUCUGCUGGAUCUCAGCCGCUGUUCUGGAGAAGAUGUUGAGUCGAGCAGAGAGUGGAGAGAUUCCCAAGACUCUCACUCAGAUGUACACACACUUCCUGAUCCUUCAGACCAACAUCAAACAUGAGAAGGACUAUGAGAAGAACGUGACAGAUGAAGACAUGAUCCUCAAACUGGGGAAACUUGCAUACAAACAGCUGGAUAGAGGCAACCUGAUCUUCUAUGAGGAAGACCUGAGAGAGUGUGGCAUUGAUGUGACAGAAGCAUCAGUGUACUCAGGAUUGUGCACUCAGAUCUUCAGAGAGGAGUUUGGCUUGUAUCAGGGGAAAGUCUUCUGCUUUGUUCAUCUGAGCAUUCAGGAACAUCUAGCAGCUCUAUAUGUGCACCUCUCCUAUAAAAACAACCGCUCAAAGUUUUUCUAUGAUAUGUCCUCUGAAUUGUCAGAGUUUUUCACAUAUAAUUUAUCUGAUGUACAUCAGAAAGCUGUGGAUAAGGCUCUACAGAGUAAAAAUGGACAUCUGGACCUUUUCCUGCGGUUUCUUCUGGGUCUGUCAGUGAAGAAUAAUCAGAUUCUCCUACAAGGAUUAAUGAAACAGCCAAGAAGCAGCUCUGACAGCAAUGAGAAAACAGUUGAGUACAUUAAGAUGAAGAUCAGGACCAUUGACUCUCCAGAGAAAUCCAUCAAUCUGUUCCACUGUCUGAAUGAACUGGGUGAUCAUUCACUAGAGGAGGAAAUACAACAGUACCUGAUAUCUGGAACAAUAAAGCAAGUUAAACUCUCUUCAUCUCAGUGGUCAGCUGUAGUUUUUGUGUUGUUGACAUCAGAGGAGAAGCUGGAUGAGUUUAGGCUGAAAGAAUAUGUUGGAGCAGAAAAUAAAGCUGAUCACGUUCUUCAGAAGUUGGUGCCUGUGAUUAAAGAAUCCAGAAGAUCAAAGUUGUGUAAGCGUGGUGUCACAGCUGAAGGUUGUGAUUAUCUGGUUUCAGUUCUGAGAUCAAACUCCUCACAACUGAGAGAACUAGAUCUGUCUGACAAUAAACUAGGAGACUCUGGUGUGAUGCAUCUUUCUUCUGGACUCAAGAAUCCUGACUGUAAAUUAGAGAUACUUGGGUUGAGUAACUGUGGUCUAGCAGAUGAAGGUUGUGCUGCGCUGACUUCAGCUCUAAGAUCAAACCCCUCACACCUGAGAGAACUGGAUCUGUCUGAGAAUAUACUAGAAGAUUCUGGUGUGAAGCAUCUCUCUUACGGAUUCGAGAAUCCUCACUUUAAACUAGAGAUACUCAGGUUGUAUGGUUGUGGAAUCACAGAUGAAGGUUGUGCUGCUCUGGCUUCAGCUCUGAAAUCAAACACCUCACACCUGAGGGAACUGGAUCUGUCUGACAAUAAACUAGAAGAUUCUGGUGUGGGUAUACUCUCUUCUGGACUCUUGAACCCUGACUGUAAAUUGGAGAUGCUUCGGUUGAUUGAUUGUAGAAUCACAAAUAAAGGUUGUACUGCUCUGGCUUCAGUUCUGGAAUCAAACACCUCACACCUGAGAGAACUGGAUCUGUCUGACAAUGAACUAGAAGAUUCUGGUGUGGGGAUACUCUCUUCUGGACUUGGGAAUCCUGUCUGUAAACUGGAGAGCCUCGGGUUAAGACAUUGUGGUGUCACAACAAAAGGUUGUGCUGCUCUGGCUUCAGCUCUGAGAUCAAACCCCUCACACCUGAGAGAAGUCAAUCUGAAUGUGAAAGAACUGCGAAAAUCAGGACGUGAACUGCUUACUGUUCUAUUAAAGUCUUCAUUUUAUAAACUAGAGUCACUGCUGUAAGUAAUGAUAAUUAA